AUGGCGUACGCCUAUCUCUUCAAGUACAUCAUCAUCGGCGACACAGGUGUUGGUAAAUCAUGCUUAUUGCUACAGUUUACAGACAAGAGGUUUCAGCCAGUGCAUGACCUUACUAUUGGUGUUGAGUUUGGUGCUCGAAUGAUAACUAUUGAUGGAAAACAGAUAAAACUUCAGAUAUGGGAUACGGCAGGGCAAGAGUCCUUCCGUUCCAUCACACGGUCGUAUUACAGAGGAGCAGCAGGGGCUUUGCUAGUGUAUGAUAUUACAAGGAGAGACACAUUCAACCAUUUGACAACCUGGUUAGAAGAUGCCCGCCAGCAUUCCAAUUCCAACAUGGUCAUUAUGCUUAUUGGAAAUAAAAGUGAUUUAGAAUCUAGAAGAGAAGUAAAAAAAGAAGAAGGUGAAGCUUUUGCACGAGAACAUGGACUUAUCUUCAUGGAAACUUCUGCUAAGACUGCUUCUAAUGUAGAAGAGGCAUUUAUUAAUACAGCAAAAGAAAUUUAUGAAAAAAUCCAAGAAGGAGUCUUUGACAUUAAUAAUGAGGCAAAUGGCAUUAAAAUUGGCCCUCAGCAUGCUGCUACCAAUGCCACACACGCAGGCAGUCAGGGGGGACAGCAGGCCGGGGGAGGCUGCUGUUGA